AUGUCCUGUGUCAAAGCAGCUACUCUGCCAUCCACCUUUAACAACUACCAAAACUUUCAAAGCCGGAGUGCAUCCACACACGCACGCCAAUCCCGUCCUCACCACAACUCCAACAUGUCGUACCAACGCGGCGGCUACCAACAAGGCUACCAACAGGGCUACCCACAACAAAACUACCAGUCAUGGUCGCUAACACCGAGCAACCCCACAGCCUCUCCGCCCUCCGCGUCCCCCUUCUCCCCCUCGCACCACCAGCGCCCCGCGCGCAACGUGAGCGAGAUCAUCCCGCGCCUCUACAUCUCCGACCUCGCGUUCGCCGAGAGCCCUGCCCUUCUCUCCUCCUACCGGAUAACGCACAUCCUCUCCACACUCCCGGACACCAUCUUCCGCCCGCCACCCUCGCUGCUCCCCAUGCAGCCCGUGCGGAUGCAGAUCCGCGUCGAAGACCUGCCCUUCGCGGAGCUAGCCGCGCACCUGCCGACUACGACCGCGUUCAUCCGCGACGCGCUGGCGUCGAGCCCCGAGACAAGGGUCCUGGUGCACUGCGCGGAAGGUGUGAGCCGGAGCGUGAGCGUCGUCGCGGCGUUUUUGAUGGCGCACUACGGGUGGUCGCCAAACGACGCGUUGAACUAUAUCAAGAGCAAGCGGCGGGUGGCGGACCCAAAUUUUGGGUUCAUCCAGCAGCUGCACGAGUACGCGAGGGACUCGCUCGGAAGGACGAUUUCGAAUCCGACGCCGCCGUUCUCGAUGCCCCCUCCUCAUUCAUAG